AGAGGAGAGAUGAAGGAAGGACCCCCCUAGAGAUUUUGCCCCAAAGCCCACAACAAAGCCUGCUUGAUUUGCAGAGAGAAAUCCAAAGGACAUUUUCUAGCCAGAAGCCGCGAACAACUGAAACUGCAUAACAGAGAGAGAGAUAGAGAGAGUGACAGUCACACAAAUAUAUACUGAUACAUAUUUAGAGAGAGAGAGAGAGUAUAGAUAAUUCCAUUCGAGUCCCUCUCUUUCUUCUUGUCCAAUCCGUAAAGGUGAAACUUCAGUCUGGUGAGAACAAAGGGGCGUCUUGGACUGGUAAUUGGUGGUUUCCUAGGGUUAAAUUAUACUGAGAAAUGUUGGAAGAUUGGUCCUGUGUGGUUUCAAGGGGUUACCGAAGAACUUGUGAACGUGAAAACAGCUGGACUUGCAUGAAUUGCCGGCUAGAGAAUGGCAAACGAGCAUUAGAAAUAGAUGGCAAAGAAGAAAUUGGUGUAAGGAAGUUGUUUAAGCAAUCGGAUGAUGCUCGUGAGAGAGUCGAUUCGACUCAACUAUUGGAUGAGGUUUCUAUGUCCCCGGUAGAUAAUUCAGACUUGGAUUCAAUUGCUGGGGAUAGUUCAGAUUUGAAUUCCAACAGAGGGGAAAAUUCAGAUUCGGUUUCCAACACGGGGGAUAAUUCAGAUUCAGGUUCCCUAAUAAAUGGCAUUGGCAGAGACAACUCAAUAAGCUGUCUCAUUCGGUGUUCAAGGGCCGAUUAUGGUUCUAUUGCAUCCUUGAAUCGGAGCUUCCGCUCUCUAGUUCAGAGCGGUGAUCUCUACAGACUUAGGCGGAUGAAUGGCAUCAUUGAACACUGGGUUUAUAUUUCGUGCAAUCUCCUUGAGUGGGAAGCAUUUGAUCCAAAUCGUUGCCGUUGGAUGCGUUUGCCAAUGAUGCAUUCCAACGAGUGCUUCUUUUUUUCGGAUAAGGAGUCCUUGGCUGUUGGAACCCAGCUUCUUGUAUUCGGAAAGGAAGUGAUGUCCAAUGUCAUCUACAAAUAUAGUUUAUUGACGAACACAUGGUCGUCUGGAAUGAGAAUGAAUGCUCCAAGAUGUUUGUUUGGGUCUGCAAGCCUUGGAGAGAUUGCUAUUAUAGCUGGUGGUUGUGAUUCUCAUGGUAAUGCUUUAAGCUCUGCCGAGCUCUAUAAUUCUGAGACUGGAAAUUGGGUUACACUCCCAAGCAUGCGUAAGACACGGAAGAUGUGUUCUGGGGUUUUCAUGGAUGGAAAGUUUUAUGUGAUUGGAGGAGUUGGAGGAAGUGAUUCGAGGCUUCUUACAUGUGGAGAGGAAUAUAACUUGGACACGGAAACUUGGACUGAAAUCCCUAAUAUGUCCCCGGUGCAGAGCGGUGCAGCCAGGGAAAAUGAGUUGCCUGCAACGGCUGAGGCACCCCCUCUGGUCGCUGUUGUAGAUAACGAGUUAUAUGCAGCUGAUUAUGCACGUAUGGAGGUGAGGAAAUACGAGAAGGAGAGGAGAGUGUGGGUUACUGUGGGGAGAUUGCCGGAAAGGGCGGCCUCAAUGAAUGGUUGGGGUUUGGCAUUCAGGGCAUGUGGACAGCGGCUUAUUUGUAUUGGUGGACCUAGGUCUGCCGGUGAAGGAUUUAUAGAAGUCAAUUCAUGGGUGCCAAGUGAAGGCCCCCCAGUGUGGAACCUGCUUGACCGAAAGCAGUCUGUGAGCUUUGUUUAUAAUUGUGCAGUGAUGGGUUGCUGAAGAUUUGGGUUUUUGCGGCACUCUGAAUGGGAUCUGAAAGAUUGCUUUCUUCAUCAGCAUAGCAUUCUUGGCAAUGGGUAAUUUAUUCCCACCUUUUUAUUUCCCAAUUUUACUUUUUUUCUUCUUUGGAGUGGAGGGAGGAUGGGAGUGAAUAUAAGAAUUCACUCAAGAUUCAACAAAAUGUUUUACGGGAAAGAGGUCUUGAGUUAUAUAAAUAUUUUUUUUAUAAAAAAAAUUCUGUUUUCUUCUCCAUUGGAUUUCUCUUCCUCCAUUUUCAGUGACAUGAGAUUUUUAAAAGUGGGAAUCAGGUAGCACAGGGAUAGGUUUAAUAAUUUAAAGUUCCAAUACGCUGGUAGGUUGGUGUUUGCUGAAGGCUUUUCAAGAAUCAUAGAAUGUGUAACAUGGGUUUUACUUAAUUUUCUUGGCGUUGACUUGACGAGAGGAAAUAAGCUCUUCGAGGUUGUUCUACUGAAACAUUGCUGAUGUACUGAGUACAUUUAUUACUUCAAUUCAUGGGCUAUAUUGAGCUUUUUCUUUUCAAUUUCAUGUGUAUCAAUAAAAUCUUUAUUUUAUUUA